AUGUCGACCGUCCCAUUCAGGGUCAAGGCCCUAUUCGAAUAUUCUUCGCCUCACGAAGAUGAUUUGCAAUUCCCCCCAGGUGUCAUCAUCACCGUGACGGAAGAGGAGGAUGCCGAUUGGUACAACGGAGAAUACGUCGAUGACUCCGGCGUCAAACAUGAAGGCAUCUUCCCUCGCAACUUUGUCGAGAAGUACGAGCCCCAAGCCCCGCCUCGCCCGACGAGAACUCGCACCAAGAAAGAGCCCGAGGUCACCUCUCCCAUCUCGGAGCCGAGCGCCUCAGCUCUUCCCCCCGUUCAACCAGAGCCGGAAGCUCAGGAGGAGGAGGCACAACCUGCGCCGCCCAUCCCCGCAGCUCUCCCCACCUCGCCCGAAGCACCCGCAGCUCCCGAACCCGCGCCCGUGAAGGCUCCCGAGCCUGUUCCUGAGCCGACUCCGGCAGCUCCGGCCCCGAAGCCCAUCGAAUCUCCUGCGGCUACAUCGCCUCCUAUCGCCAAGGCCCCCGCUCCGUCGAAGCCUGGCCCCCCGCCGAAGCCAUCCAGCAAUGCAUUCAAGGAUCGCAUCGCAGCCUUCAACAAGGCCUCGGCUGCGCCCAUUACGCCUUUCAAGCCGAGCGGGCUGACUGGAGGAGCUGGCUUCAUCAAGAAGCCCUUCGUGGCUCCUCCCCCUAGCCGAAAUGCGUACGUCCCGCCUCCGCAGCAGGCUCCGAUCGCAAAGGUCUACCGCAGAGAUGAGGACCCCGAGAUACAGGAGAGAGAGACCGAGAGCCAAGAGACAGCCGAAAAGGCCGCGGCCGCUCCUGCCCCCGAAGAGGGCGAUGACGCCCCGAAGCCCCUCAGUCUGAAAGAGCGCAUGGCCCUUCUGCAGAAGCAGCAAAUGGAGCAGGCACAGCGCCACGCAGACGCUGCUGCAAAGAAGGAAAAGGCCAAGCGACCUCCGCCCAAGAAGCGCACCGAUAGCCAGGAGGCGCCUGAGGAAGCUGGGGCAGCUGCUGCGACGCCCGAGGGCGUGGAGGCCGAUCAGGCGGCCGUACGAAGCUCUGUAGACUCUGCUCGGGCACCGCCCCCGCCCGCGCCUAAGCGCAAGCCCUCCAGGGGUCCUGCGGCGGAUGACGGAAACGAGGCCGAUAUGAGUGGUGCCGGCGACACCACGGAAGGACCAGAGGAUCUGACUGAGCGCGAUGAUAGCGAUGCGGCACCACGACCCAUUCCCCGACCUCAGGUGGCCCAGGUGGCGUCGCCUAUUGAGGCGCGCAAAGAUGAGGAGCAAGACGAGGAGGAGGAAGAGCAGGAGGAUGACGACGUCGAUCCCGAGGUUCGCAGAAAGGAAGAGCUUCGCGCGAGAAUGGCCAAGAUGAGCGGUGGCAUGGGUAUGCACGGCAUGUUUGGAAUUCCAAUGGGCGCGCCAGCCCCGCCGCGAAAGAAGAAGGUUGAGAAGCCUGUCGAGGCUCCCGCUGAGGAGGAGCGCGAAGAGACAACUUCUCCUACUGGCCGUGUUCCCGUGCCGGGCAUGAUGGCCUUGCCUGGAAUGGGUGUCCCUAGGCGAUCCGAGGAGCCGGUUGAGGUCGACGAGCCGGAGCGUCCUACAUCCCCAAGAGCGCCGCCUCCGCCUCCGCGGACAGUAGAGGAGGCUCAGGACGAGCCCGUCACCAGCCCUGCCCCUGCUUUGCCCGCUCGCGAGCCUGCAGGCGCGCCUCCUGUUCCUGGAGCUCGACCUGCGCCGCCGCCUGUGCCAACUGAAGGCCGACCUCCUACCUCUGGGCUUAAGUCUCCCAGCGAGGGUUCAGUCUCCGACGAUGAGCUGUCUGGCGGUGUUAAUGACACCCCCAAGGUCGAGGAGACUGCACGCGCUCCUCCUCCCCUACCUCCCGUCGCGACCGGAAGCGCAGUACGGUCGCCGCCUCCUAUCCCCCAGGCUGGUGAUCAAUUCUCGCCAACGUCUCCCACCAGUGCUGGAAAUAAGCGGAUGAGCAGAGCGCCACCUCCAAUUCCUGGAUCCGCACCUGCUGUUCCACCAGCUCAGUCACGGCCACCACCGCCUCCCCCUCCUAGUGGCCCGCUGAGUCGUCAGUCAACACAGGAUAUGCAUGUUGCAUCUCCGAUUUCCCCUCCUAUCAGACCCCCGCAGCAGGGCGAGGAGGAGGACGACGAGGUCACCGAGUAUGAGGGUGAUUACGACACCGACAUUGCCUCGUCAGUUCCGCACAAGGAUGCUCUGAAGGCCCACGCCCGAGACUCUAGUAUCGAGGACAAUACCUCCGUCAGAUCGCCGGUGUCUGAUGCUCCACCAACGUUGCCGCCGCCCAUCCCCACCGGCGCAGCUCCUCGGGCGGUCCCACCUCCUAUUCCAUCUCAACCCCCGCCCCCGCCAGCCGACAAGCGACGGUCUGUGGAUGUUCCCCGAGGAGCGCCUCCGCCCCCGCCCCCGGCGAAGGAGCCUGCGCCCACCCAAGACGAUGAUGAAUAUGAUCCGUACAACUAUUCCGCACCAAGAAUCCCCUUUCAACGCACUCCGAAGAUCGAGGAGGAGGGAUACUUCGAGUCAGAGACGCCGCCUCUGGCUUCACCUGCGCAAUCGAGAGCUCCACCACCCGCACCUCCGGCGGGCCGCGCUCGCCAAUCCCUGGAUGUGUCCAGAGCUUCCAUGUCUCAGAGGCGGUCCAUGGACGCCUACAGGCCUUCCGUUACGGCUGAGUCUGGCUUUAUUGCCAACGAUGUUGAUUUGGCCAAGCAAAGCGGAUGGUGGCGUCAAGACAAAACAGUGCCGCCUGUCUUCCAAGGUAGACGUGAUCUUUAUUAUGAGACUGAUGAAGCGACAGAGGGGUCCAACAUCACUCGUACAAUCUAUGUCCUCUUCCAAGACUACUCGCAAACAAUCAUUACGGUGCAGUACGACCAGAAUAACGCGUCGGAUGUUCUGAUUGAGCAACGACACGAUUCACCUCCGAGGGCGCUCCGUCAAGACGAGCUGGAACAGUCUUACGAGCGCUUCGGACGGCCGAUCGCCGAAGCGGUUGCCUCUAAGAAGGAAACUAUUGUUGGCGAUGGAACGCCGCAUGGUCUUGUGCAUGAACUUUUUAAGCCCUUCAACGACGUCCUCGCACCUAUUGGCACCAGAGCCUACGGCGCUCUCGUUUACUCCAACAUGGCCAACGCCUCGACGCAGCAAAACGAUCAAAUCCGCCCUGGAGACAUCAUCUCCGUCCGCAACGCCCGCUUCCAAGGCAAGCACGGCCCAAUGCAUGCCAAGUACUCGAUGGAGGUCGGCAAGCCUGACCACGUGGCCGUCGUCUCGGAGUGGGACGGCACGAAGAAGAAGGUCCGCGCCUGGGAGCAGGGCCGCGAGAGCAAGAAGGUCAAGGUGGAAAGCUUCAAGCUCGACGACCUACGCAGUGGUGAGGUCAAGAUCUGGCGUGUGAUGCCCCGUAGCUGGGUGGGAUGGAACAGCCCGUCUUAG